AUGGCUACCAUAGGUAUAAAGCCGACGGCCGCACCACGCUACCACUCGGAAGGCAGAACAAAAUGGCCGCCGGGGCGUCGGCUCAUACUGCGCAGUUACGUGACCUUUUGUCCUCUGGAUGUGCCGGCGGGCGUCUGGCUUGGCCCGAGAUCGAUAGCAGACAUGAGCUGCGCGCACAGGGACGACGCAGCUUCCCACCCCAUCCCAACUAGGGCCGCCACCUUGGCGCGAAUGUUAAUCCUCCAAAUAGGGUGCGACGUUGGUAACGAGGGUGGACGUGUUGCUAGGCGACCGGCGAGGGUGCCUCUUCAACCCCAGUCGACAUCCCACCCUGAAAAUCAAUACCGCACCAGG